AUGGAAAAGGAACAAGAUAGACACGAUACAUUUAGAUCUAUUCAAGAUAUUAUUCAUGCAACACAUCAUCCAAGAGUCUUUGCCAGAGCUGGCUUUUACAAAUAUGAUCAAUCGGUGAUCUGCUUCAAGUGUAACUUGAAAAUAGAUAUUAGCGAGAUCAACAAAGUGAAUGAUAUUGUGGAAUAUCAUACAACGAAGAAUCCGGAAUGUAUAUUUGCUCGAAAUUUACCUCCACUUCCAAGAUCAAAACUUGGAUCACAGUAUCCUAUAAUGACUAUGCAUGGCCAAUCCAACCCUAACUGUAAAUUUGCACAAGGUGAAGCUGUUGGCAAUGUUCCUAUUUCUAUAGCAAGUAUAGCAGAAGCUGGCUUCUUCUAUAAAGGAUACCGUGAUCAUGUUUAUUGCUUCCACUGCAAUCUCGGUAUAUGUAAUUGGGAAAGGAAUGAUAACCCAUGGAUACUACAUGCUAUGUAUAAUCCCGAUUGUCCCUAUAUUCGAAAAUUGGGUUAUGCUGCUAUCGAACAGGCAAAGAGGGAAAAACGGUUGAUGUACAAGAAACCUGCUCCACAUAGUCCUGUAACGGAAAAUGAUUGGGAUAUUCUUAUGGGUUUGGAUAUCACGAAAAAAUUGCAGAUAUCAGAAUACCCCACUUGUGCUAUUAAAGAUUGUCUCAAGGAUCAAAUUAUGAAAUAUAGAAAACCAUUUUGUACUAUACAAGAAUGUAUUAUGGCAAUAAGACUGAAAAUUACAUCAUAUGGUAAAAUGGAUACGGGAUUAUGGGAUCGUAUCAUUGACUAUGCAAAAGAUAAAAAUUAUCUAUUACCCAACAUUAAGCAUGAUAUAAAUGAAGAUAAUGAAGCUCAAGAUGAUAAGGCUGAACAUAUACAAUUUUCUGAUGAUACAUCUGUGACUAUAAGGGAUAUACACUUGAAGAAAAAUCCCGAUUGUAGGUUUGCACAGGGUAAACCAAGCCCAGAAUUACUAGUAGAAGCUGGAUUCUAUCAUAUUGGAAUUAGUGAUCAUGUUCAAUGCUUCCAUUGUGGCGUUGGUCUUCGCAACUGGGAAUGGGACGAUGAUCCUUGGGAGCUACAUGCUAAAUGGAAUCCUGAUUUAUAUGCUGUCAUGAGAUUUACACAGAUGAUUACAAAAAAGAAAUAUGAAUCUUCUUAUCCUAUCGACAAUACUGAAGAUCCUAUUUAUUUAUUUAAACAGUCAACAUUUAUCUCUAAUAUAGAUCCUAAUAUUCCUGAAUAUGGUCACGAAAUUUUCUUUAAGCUUCCCUAUCCCGAUCAUAGGAUUCUUACUCAUCAAAAUUAUAACAUUGUAAGAAGACCUGAAAUACAAUCCGAGUAUCCUCAACGAGAUGAAAAUAUCGAGAUGAAAAACUUGUCACGGAUAGAACAAGAAGAUAAACAUGAUCAUACAGAUGAGAAGCGACUAUGUAAAGUGUGCAUGACUGAUGAAGUGGACGUGGUGAUUCUCCCCUGCGAUCACAUGGUCUGCUGUGCUAAAUGCUUAUUAACCCAGUCAAAGUGCCCUAUCUGUAGAGGGACAAUUGAAAAAGUUGUUAAACCAAUUUUACUUUAA